AUGGCCGAAAGUGAUCACAGUCGCAUCCCUUACUCCCUGCACCCAGUCCCUGAGGUCGAGGAAAGCCAUCUUUUCAACUCACAAACAAGUCGCGACGACAGACCCUCGCCACCUGGAGGUCUCCUUUCGUCUCCCAUCUUCCGCCGAGAUUGCUAUCGGCCAAUGCCCUCUGGCUCCAUUGACCUUUCACCUUUAGAUGGUGUUACUGAAAACCAGCACGUGGCUCGACCCGACACCUCCUACAGUCAAGAAAGCGACCCUCUCGGUAUUUCAAUACAGGGGAUCGCAAAACGUGUGUCUUUUACACGCGUCCCUGUUGGCUCUAAAAGCAGCUCACCCGCUACGCCUCGUUUCAACAACGGAUUUUCCGGCUCGCCAGAGUCUGGAAUUACAUCGCCUCGAGCAGAGUCUGGACCUGCUUCACUUGCUCAGAACCCAAAUCAGGACCUCGUCUCGCCUCUGGAGGAAACGCCAGUCACGUCGCCAAACUCUUUGAGAACAGCUACACGCAUGGGAAAGUUGACGAUGCCUUGGGACGAUCCGCCGAGAGAUGACGGUUCGUGGGGUCCGUCAUCUCGGGAUGAAAUUGAUUUGGGGCGCGUAAACCCAAGCAAAGAAGGACAUCGACAAGAUGCGACAUCGGUGGGAUCGGACAGGGGCAACAGCGCGCAAAUGCGCAACGACCACGACGCAGAAAAUCACGAUUCUCAUGACGACGAUGAGACCUUUUACAAGAGAUACAGCCAUGUGCCACAUUAUUGCGACUCACGGAAGGAUGUUCACAGAAGAAGAGCGAAUUGGCUCUCCAUUUCGAUUAUAGCGCUUUCAAUUUACUCAACAGGCCUCAGCUGUCUAUGGUUUGUCGUUGCCGUGGUGCAACCACGAUGGGGACCGACAAUCUCAUCGAGCGGCGGCAUCGCCCCUUCGACGGCCACCAUGGUCUGCGCAAUGUUCGCGAAGACGAUUGAAAUAUCUUUCGUGACGGUCUUCGUGGCCUUCAUUGGUCAGGUUUUGACACGUCGGUCAUUCGUCAAGUCGUCCAAGGGGAUGACCUUGGCCGAGAUGACGAUGAGAAACUGGGUCAUUCAACCUGGGUUCAUGUUGACGCAUUGGGAAACCCUUCCCUACGCCGCAGUCACAUUCCUCGGAGCAAUCUCCCUUAUCGCGACCAUCGCGUCGACGUUCUACACCACCGCGUCUGACGUCAUGGUUUCACCCAAGCUGAAAUACGGCGGCUGGGAGAGCAAGGCGUUGAAUGGUUAUGUUCUGUCUUCUUACGCAAACACUUUUGCUACGCAGGAUAGCUGCCCGACACCCCUGCGCAAGGAAGAUCCAAAUGGACCGGAGUUUGCAGCCAGAUCGUGCUUGGACAUUCAGUAUGCCGGGCAAUCCUAUCGGAACUUGGUAUCUUUCUUGACAGUGUGGGACGAAAUUAACCAUAAUGGUACGGGCGCCUCUUUGGACAUGUCUCACCGGCCUGUGGGAACCACGCUGUUGUACGACAACACGACCUUGACUACAACCUGGGUCAAAACGGAAUACAGCAAUGUAACUCGCCAGUACGAGGAGAAGGGGAGGAUCAUUCACAAUGUAACCCUUGCAAUGCCCCAUCCCGGUGUGUAUGAUGCCGCAACAAACCCCGUGAAUAAGAUCCUCCAACCGAACGAUCUUUCAGGUGUUGGAGAGUAUGCUAUUAGAGCGAGCGUUGUCUCCCCUGCCAUCAAUGUGAUGUGCGUCAAUAUGAACGAGGAGGACCUGGCUCCUCUUAUCUAUACGAAGUGGGAGAAUAGCCAAACAAAUGCAACCGGGGUUGGCAACCAGACUACCGGUUGGGCUGGUUGGGAGGGAGAGGUGCCUCAUCCCGAGGAAGAUGAGUGGCUCAACCGAACAGCAGUCGAUGACAUUUUCCGCUGGGGGCCAACAUACGGACGUCGGCCGCCCGUGUUCCAGCUUUAUCCUGCAGAUUUCAACAUGAUUACCAACACUACAGUGUAUCAAGGAGAUGCCAUUUACCUCCUGGCCAAAUCGGCCUCCAUCACUAAUUACACGCUUUGUGAGAUGCGUUCCUGGGUCACGCCUAACUGCUCGACUCAUUUCAACAUCUCUGGCACCGCUGGUUCACAUAUGCAGGCUCACUGCGAAGAUCCCGAUGACCCAGACAGAUACGACCGUUCCGUGCCUGAGGUCACACCUGAAAAGCCUGAUGGCGAUUGGAAGAAUAUCGCAGACCAAUGGCGACUCUCGAUGGAUAUCAACGGCGGAACGGUGAACAAUAACGCCUCCAACGCCCGGACACUCACGCAAUUCAUUCUAGAACAGGGCAAGCUCAACCCGCUGCUUCCCUCCAUGGCCGAAGCGCUCGCCGUCUUUGCCUCAUCGACUUUGGUCAUCGGCAGUAUAGGGACGCCCUUCAUCCAUUACUGGGACUAUGAAACGAUGCAGCUUGGAGAACCAGGUGCUCUCGCUACGUUUAACGCCACGAUCCGCACGCAGGAGUACACCUCUUCACACGAGUACGAAUGGCAAAACGUCUUCUACCUGGCUCUGGUCCUUGUUUUGCUCAUCAACAUCUUCUGUCUGGGCUACUUUCUCUCACGCUCGGGUCUGGUCACCGACUACACAGAACCACAGAAUCUCUUCGCGCUGGCUGUCAACUCGCCGCCGAGCGAGCAGCUCAAGGGCAGCUGCGGCGGUGGUCCCAUCAAGGCCGACUUCGUGGUACCCUGGAAAGUGGCUUACGCCAAAGGCCCAAACCACUACUUCUUCGAAGAAGCCAACGGGCAGACUUGGCGUAAGAAGCAAGACGCCUCGGCCGACACGGAGUACCAGCGCGCUAGGGAGCGGAGCAGUUACAAGAGGCUCAGCACAAGCCGCACGUGGUUUUAA